AUGGCUUCGCCCCGUGUCGUGAAGGUAGCCGCCGUGCAAGCUGCGCCCGUCUCCUUCGACCUCGACAAGAGCCUGGAGAAACUGACGACCCUUACUGCGGAAGCCGCAAAUGGCGGUGCCGACCUCGUCGUGUUUCCCGAAGCAUUCCUCUCGGCUUACCCCUGGCGCUAUGCAUUCGAUGCUCCCAUUGGAUUGAGAGAACCACGUGGGAGGAAGUGGUACGCCAGAUAUUGCGACUCUGCUGUGGCGGUUCCAUCCCCGGCGUUUGAUGUUAUAUGCAACGCGGCAAAGGCGCACAACCUCUAUCUGCAAGUGGGCAUCAUCGAAAAGGACGGCGGCACGCUGUACUGUACCGCGCUGUUGGUCGGCCGUGAUGGGUCGAUUCUCUUGAAGCACCGCAAGCUGAUGCCGACGGCGGCCGAAAAUCUCGUGUGGGGCAGAGGCGCUGGAGAUGGUCUCCAAGUCGUCCAGACCGACAUUGGCAAGAUCGGGACAUUGAUAUGUGGUGAGAACUACAUGCCGGCGGCAAGAUUGGCGCUGUAUCAGCAAGGAGUCGAGAUAUACCUGGCGCCUACAGCGGACGAGUUGCCGGCGUGGAUAGCCUCCAUGCAGCACAUUGCCAAAGAAGGCCGCUGCUUCGUAGUGUCCGUCAACGCGAUGUGCAAGGUCUCGGACUUUCCAUCGGACUAUCCGCCUUUCAUCCCGGAAUCCCACGACCUGAAGCCUGACGGUUCGCGGUGGGAGUCGGAUGAUGUCGUCAAUCCCGGAGGAUCAUUUGUGGUUGGUCCCCUGGGAAUACCCCUGACUGAGCCUCUGUGGGACAAGGAGGGGAUCAUAUACGCUGACUUGAAGAUGUCGGACGUUGCUGAGUCAAAGCUCGACUUUGAUCCUGUGGGAAGCUACUCUCGCCCAGAUGUGUUCCAAUUGACAGUCAAUACCAAGCCGGGCACCAACGUCCAUUUCACCACAUAA